AUGAAAUUUGGUACUUCCAAGUUCAGUGUUGGCUUUGGAAAUGGUAGCUGCCAAACUCGUGUGAGCUUUGCUUCACUUAUUAGUUCAAACCUGGACAAGUUUCUAGUUCCUUCAGUUUUCAGGGGUGUCAUGGAUUCUGGAGAGUUGGAUAUGAGUGACAAAGAGAAGUUUGAGCUAGAUAGAAACGAGGAUCCUAUGAGUUAUUCUACUGGUGUGCCCUCAGAUUGGAGAUUUGGGGGUGCCAACCUUGCAAAUUCAUCUGUGGGUUUGGUUGCCAUGGGGAAUUCUGUAAAUGUCAGCAGAGGUGAUCUGAUUGGUUCUUCUUCAGGUUCCUCUGCUUCAAUGGUGGACUCAUUUGUUCCAAAUUUCUGGGACCAUCCCACCAAUUCCCAAAACUUGGGAUUUUGUGACAUUAAUGUCCACAACAAUGGGGGCUCUUCAAACACAACUGGAAUCAGAAAAGAUGGCUUUGGCUUUGGAAGAGCUCGUCAGGAUCAUGGAACACUUGACAUGGAUUGGAACCUGGCUAAUUCUAUGUUUAAAGGGGAUAGUUUCUUACCAAAUGGACCAGGGAUAUUUCCUCAGAGUUCAUCUCAGUUUCCAACUGAUUCUGGAUUUAUUGAGCGGGCUGCAAGAUUCUCAUGCUUCAGUGGAGGGAAUUUUGGUGACAUGGUGAACUCAUAUGGGAUUCCUCAAUCCAUGGGCCUUUAUGCUGGGACUGGUGGAACAAUGCAUGGAAUAAGAGAUGCUCUUACAGGCCAUGUAAAAUCAGCAACUGGAGGACAAUCUCAAGAAAGUGAUCUGAAUGUAGUUGAAGCUACAAAAGAUGUGUCACCAUGUGUUGAGCAUCUAGCUACUGCAGGAAGCCCCCUCAAGAAUGAUAAAAGAAGUGAAAGUCAUGUUAUAUCUCAAGAUGAAGGGAAGCAAGCUCUUGUUAGGCCUGCUAAUGAGUCUGAAAGAGAUGAAUCUAGUGAGGAUGAUGGUGGUGGCCAUGAUGAUUCCCCAAUGCUGGAGGGUACUAGUGGGGAACCUUCUAUUAAAAGAACAAACUCAAAGAAAAGGAAAAGAAAUGUACAGGAUGCUGAUAAUGGUAAAGCCAAUGGAACUCCAGAACUUCCCAGUGAAGGUGCAAAGGACAACUCUGAGAGUGAACAGAAGGGAGACCAACAACCAACUUCAACAACCAAGGCUUAUGGCAAGAAUUCCCCACCUAAGGAGGAAUACAUACAUGUUAGGGCUCGCCGGGGUCAAGCAACAAAUAGCCAUAGCCUUGCAGAGAGAGUGAGGAGGGAAAAGAUAAGUGAAAGGAUGAAGUUUCUUCAAGACCUUGUACCCGGAUGCAGCAAGGUCACUGGCAAGGCAGUGAUGCUAGAUGAGAUCAUUAACUACGUACAAUCACUUCAACGACAGGUUGAGUUUUUGUCUAUGAAACUUGCAACAGUAAAUCCACGUCUGGAUUUUAAUAUUGAAGGUUUUCUUGCCAAAGAUAUUCUUCACCAACGGCCUAGUCCUUCGUCUGCUCUAGGGUUUCCUCUAGAAAUGUCUAUGGCUUUUCCUCCAAUACACCCAUCUCAACCAGGGCUGAUUCAAUCAAUUAUUCCUAACAUGGCAAACUCAUCCGAUAUCCUUCGAAGAACCGUCCAUCCGCAGUUAGCACCCUUGAGUGGAGGAUUCAAGGAACCAAAUCAGCUUCCUGAGGUGUGGGAGGAUGAGCUUCACAAUGUUGUACAGAUGAGCUUUGCACCAACUGCUCCCCUGAGUAGUCAAGAUGUGGAUGGUACUAUGCCAGCAAGUCAGAUGAAAGUUGAACUUUGAUGUUUAGUCUACAUACCAUUCAUCUCCCCUAAAGCGUGUAUUUUGGCUUUCAUUCUAGUCAGAUGGAAAUAAACUAUGCUCAGAGUUUUACAUAUUACUUAUCAAACUUGGGAGGCCAUAACCACAAUAGCCCUCCCUAUACUUUAGACGAGAUACUACUGAGUAAUGACCUGGUGUCAAGGACUUGUGGGGCAGUCACAUAGCCCCACAGAGGAUUGACUCUAGAUUAGAGGAAGUAGAGCAGUAUUCAUGGGUGUUCCUUUCUUUUCAAGCAUGAAAUAUGUAUUAUAUGUUUAGAAGUGGGAAGUCUGUUUACCAAAAUAGGUUUGCCCACUGAAUGUAUUAAAGAAUGUAAAGACAGGAUCUCAUUGAGUCUGAUUAACCAGAAGGAGAAAUUCAAAAG